AUGUGUGACACUAUGUCCACACCUUGUACCGAUCGACCUGUUAAAGGUCUUGAUAUUGAAUAUUCGGAGGAUGAAAAGAAGAAAAGGAUUGGGUCUUUAAAGAAGGUAGCAAUCAGUGCAUCUUCAAAGUUCAGGCAUUCCUUGACAAAGAAGGGGCGUAAGCACAGCAGGGUUAUGUCUGUUGCUAUUGAGGAUGAACUUGAUGCAGAGGAGUUACAGGCUGUUGAUGCUUUUCGUCAAACACUUAUCUUGGAAGAGCUAUUACCCUCAAAACAUGAUGAUCAUCAUAUGAUGCUAAGAUUCUUAAGAGCAAGGAAGUAUGACAUUGAGAAAACAAAACAAAUGUGGGCUGAUACGCUUCAGUGGAGGAGGGAGUUUGGUGCGGACACCAUCAUGGAGGAUUUUGAAUUCAAGGAGAUAGAUGAAGUUCUAAAAUACUACCCGCAAGGGCAUCAUGGAGUUGAUAAGGAAGGACGACCUGUUUACAUAGAAAAGUUGGGUCAGGUUGACUCUAACAAGCUGAUGCAAGUAACAACUAUGGAUCGUUACCUUAAGUACCACGUAAGAGAGUUUGAGAGGACAUUCAAUGUUAAAUUGCCUGCAUGUUCAAUUGCUGCAAAGAAGCACAUUGAUCAAAGCACAACUAUCUUGGAUGUGCAAGGAGUGGGUUUCAAAAGCAUGAACAAAGCUGCAAGGGAUCUCCUCCAGAGGCUUCAGAAGAUUGAUGGUGACAACUAUCCUGAGAGCCUGAACCGUAUGUUCAUCAUCAAUGCUGGUUCUGGAUUUAGACUGUUGUGGAACACUGUUAAGUCGUUCCUUGACCCCAAGACCACCUCAAAAAUCCACGUCCUAGGUAACAAAUACCAGAGCAAGUUGCUUGAAAUCAUUGAAGCCAGUGAACUUCCAGAGUUCUUGGGCGGUACUUGUACUUGUGCAGACAAAGGUGGCUGUAUGCUUUCUGAUAAGGGACCAUGGAAUGACCCAGAUAUCUUGAAGAUGGUUCAAAAUGGCGAGGCAAAAUGCAGCAGGAAAACCUUAUCCGGAAUUGAAGAAAAAACAAUCAUUGAAGAUGAAGCAGCAUAUCAACAGGUAGUUAGUUACCUACUUCUUUACAAUUUCAACUGCAAAGUUUUGUUCAGAAACUUUCUUCCCGAAUUAACCUGUUAUUUGGGUUUGCAGUUCACAAAACAAUGUAAUGUAUAUCAGUAUGACGCCUUUGUCCCAGUGAUUGACAAGCCAGUGAAUAAUACAUGGAAGAAAGCAGUACAAAAUGAUCAAUUUGCACUUUCUAAAGAUUGUAGCAAGUCUUCUGAUGGGUCUAGAAAUCAAUUUGUUGGUGGAAUGAUGGCCUUUGUUAUGGGAAUAAUAACAUUGGUACGCUUGACAAGGAACAUGCCAAGGAAAAUCACUGAAGUUGCCCUGUAUGGUAGCUCAGUAUAUUAUGAUGGGAAUAUGAUGAAAGCACCUGCCAUUUCCAUUGAUGAUCACAUGGCCCUGAUGAAGCGCAUGGCUGAACUAGAAGAGAAGGUGAAUGUCCUCAGUGUGAGACCUUCCAUGCCACCCGAAAAGGAGGAAUUGCUCAAUAAUGCUCUAAACAGAGUUAGUAUGCUGGAACAAGAAUUGGGUACCGCCAAAAAGGCACUUGAUGAAGCCCUUGCUCGACAAGAGGAGCUCCAAGCCUAUAUGGACAAAAAGAAAAAGAAGAAGAAGCUGUUCCGCUGGUAAGGUGAUAGGGACGUAUUGCUGUCUGAACUUGAAUUUUUAACAUUAGUAAGAGGUGCAAACUUGGUGGCGUUUAUCUAUCAUCAGCCCCAUUGAAUGCUAUGCAUUCAGCCC